AUGGGCUGGCUAUGGACUAGCACGAGCAGAGACAGCGACAGCGAUCGGGGUUCCAUCAGCUCGAGCGACAGCGCUACCGCAUCGAUCGAGAAGGCCAACAAAUUUGUCACGCCUCUCAACCCCCAGGGUAUCAAGCCUUGCUGUGCUUGUCCAGAAACGAAGAAGCCUCGGGACGACUGUUUCCUCCGCAACGGACCCCCUGAGCCUGGAUCGAGGGCGGAGCAAGCCUGUCAAGAGCUGAUUGCUCAGCAUCGGCAGUGCAUGGCCAAUCUAGGGUUCACCAUCUGA